UUGGCUGGACCGCGAUUACUGUACACACGUUGUCGGCUGCUGCUAUCGUCGUGCAUGUGUGAUGCGGUAGACAUUUUGAGUCACAUCAACAAUCCAGUUUCCAGUUCAACAACAUCACAUCGUAUCCCGAACUUGCAGGCAGAUUUUGAUGGCAUUCCAUGUGCGGCUUGGACUCGAGAGGUGAUCGAGAUAUUCCAGGGUUUUCUAGACGGAGGAACACUGGGGUUUUUGGGGGAUUGUUGUCGGUGCAGGAUGCCAUUUGGGUUCAAAAAGCGGAAACCGACCAGCAGCGAAAUGACGCAAGAAAACCAUUCUCCGAGUAACCCCAAUGAGGAGAUGGACACAACUGAAGCCAGCAUCGACACAACAACCGCACAAAAUGCAGGUCAAAAGCUAUCUUACACACAGCCACCAUUUUGGUGCUCGAUAGCUUACUAUGAGAAGAAUCUGCGUGUUGGUGAGAUGUUCCACGCAUCACAGCCAUCCCUGACGAUAGACGGUUUUACAGACCCCUCGAGUUCGGAGAGAUUCUGCCUAGGUCUUCUGUCAAAUAUCAAGAGAGACCACUCCAUAGAAAUGACUAGAAGACACAUAGGUAAAGGUGUGAGGUUAUACUACAUUGGAGGGGAAGUUUUUGCCGAGUGCCUAAGUGAUAGCAGCAUAUUUGUACAGAGUCCUAUUUGCAACGUGAGAUAUGGCUGGCAUCCUGCUACCGUCUGUAAAAUACCACCAGGUUGCAACUUAAAGAUCUUUGACAACAGAGAAUUUGCUGCACAGCUGUCGCAGUCCGUAAGCCAGGGAUUUGAGGCAGUCUACCAGUUAACACACGUCUGUACAAUCCGUAUGAGCUUCGUCAAGGGCUGGGGGGUCGAUUACCGACGGCAAACAGUCACAAGUACACCGUGCUGGAUUGAAGUACAUUUGAACGGACCUUUGCAGUGGUUGGAUAGAGUCUUGCGCCAAAUGUCAUCACCAAAUGAAAAGUGCUCCAGCAGUUCUUGAGAGCUUUUUGUUGUUGAUUUUUUGUGUGUAUAUGUAUAUACAAACUCUUUAGUGCGGGCCACACUAAAAGCCAAAGCCUAUUUGAAUGUACAUUGUAAAAGUUUAUCAUUGUUUAAGGUGUAUAGUGUACAUAGUGCAUGCUUCUGUACAAUGCUUCUACAGCACAAAAACCUCAGUGGGUUGUGGUGAACACAAAACAUGUAAAUAAACAUACAAAAGCCCAAACAAAUGUAUUUUACUAAAGUAAAGUUUACAUUUUUUAAACUUACGACAGUAGUAAACUUAGUAAGCUGCUGUUAGUUGAACAGUCAAUAGAAAUUUAAUACAAUUUUUCUGCUUCAAAGAAGUAUAGGAAUGGCUUUUUCAAAUUCUUAUAACUUAAAAAAAUAAUUCUAUUCGCAUUGCAGCUCCAAAGUAUUAUGUUUGCUUAACUGUAUAUCAUUAAAAUUGAUCAACUUUGUAGAAUUAUUCGUUUAAGGAUUCCACUUUAUCAUAGAAAGUAAUGUCCUUUCUCUGAAGGCCAACAUAAAUAACCCACCUUUAAAAUUAAGUAUUGUUGUUUAAAAAAUGUAAGCGAGUUGGGAAAGAAGAAACAUGACAAAACAACGCUCAAUCGUCGCUUUCAUUUUCAUCAUUUGAAGUUCAAAUUCUGGUAUUGAUAUUAGCACCGCCCUCAAAAGUGAUUAGCACUUGAAACAGUAAAAAGAAGAUGAACAAUUAUUCAGCAGCCAAUUUCACCAAAUGCUAGGAAUAAUCUUAUCUCGAUAUACAUUAGGUCAAGUAACUCGUCCUAACUAAGGAUGGUUUCAAUGCUUCCCAACUUCUAUGUUACGGAACUUUAAUCGUCUCAAGUCCUAUGAUUAGUCAUGCUUGUGUUUAUUCUAAAAAAACCUAGCCUUCAUAUAAUUAUAUGAAAUUACCUGGGCAAAAGUUCUAAAAGAUUUCUUUUGCUAAGCAGGUUUAUUCUGUUCUAAGCAUUUUUGUGAUAAAAAGCUUUACAAUUGUGCACCUUGCUCCUUUUCUCUUGCCAUCCAUCUUGAUUUAUAUGUUAUCAAAAGUUUCUGUUCCUACAGGUUUAAGCUGAUAUGUAACGCUUUAUGUCAAAACCAGACAUUCCCGCUUAAAAACAAAACUGGGUUUAUUUGCUCAUUAAUUAGAUAAGAAUAACUAUAAAGGAGCUUUCAAAUAGCACCUUCAGUUUGGGCCUUUCUCAACAAAGAAUGACAUAACAUCACAAUGGUGUCAUGUUACAGCUGUUUGAAGUUACUUUCAUUUCUAUGGUUGCAAACAGCUUAUCAACCAAGAGGAUCGAAUGCACAAAUUAGUAAAUGGCUUGACGUUUCGACCCUCACAGAGUCUUUCUCGAAUUUAACUUUCGCGAAAGAGACUCUGCUAUGGUCGACUCGAAACAUCAGGCAAUUUUAAAACAAUUUUUUGAACUUUAAAUUCCAUAUCAAUAUUCCUAAGAAGUGACUGGUUUUGGCAUGGGUUGUCACACAAGGUCUGUUAAAAGAAACAAAUUUGAAACUGAUGCUCCAUCAAACUGCUCAUAAAGCAGGGUUCUGUCCAUGCAAAAGCUAGCGGGCCAAAACGCGCGAAUUGUGUUCAGAAACGCGCAACUUUUUGUAAAACAAAUAUUAACAAUACAAAUUUCACAAAAAAAAUCAAGACAAAACCAUAGAAAGCUCCAGAUUGCAUAGAAGGGAUUUUAAAACCAAGAUAAUAACCAAAAGUUGUGUCUAGAAUGAACCACAGUUUUGAGAAAAACCUUGAUAGAACCCUGACGAGCGUUGUUUAGUUAAAUAUCUACAUGUAUGUAUUCUUUAUUUGUAUUCAUCCUAAAAUUAUCAAAUGAGUUUGAACUGGGAUUAAAUUUAAAGGAACACGUUGCCUUGGACCGGUGGAGUUGGUCUUUGAAAAGCAUGUGUAACUGUUUUUUAUAAAA